AUCCACCAAUUUACGUUCCUUAAUAUGAAUAUAUUUUUUAUAGAAAAAAUAUCUUAAAUAGUAAAAGAUGUGCUGAAAAAAGGUAUCAUAAAAAUUGAAUUUUUUUGCCAUGUGAGGUGUCUGCCACUACCUUCAAAAAUAUAGAAGAAUUGUAUUUGAAUGUAGUUGAAAUAUUGAAAUCGUUUUGUUGUCAUUAUUAUAUGGCUCCGAUGUAAUUUUCUUUAAUGCCAUUCUGUCGAUAAAAUUUACAUAUUUUAGGUGUCAAAUUUUGGAAUCAUAAGAGGCGUUUAAUCUCUUAUGAUAAUUUGUAGUUAACAUUUAUUCUGAACACACUAUUCACUAUUACCAGUAACGCGAAUAUCGCCUCGUUUUUUUAAUAAUAAAUAUAGCAGUUUUAAUUAUAAUCUGCAUGAGUAAUAAUAUUGCAAGCGGAUACAGUGACAAUCAGUGGUCUAAUAAAAAGAUAAACACCAUCAUCACAUAGCUGAUUUAAGACACUGCUCGUCCAAUCCACACCACAGGGCGUGGUUUUUUUCAAUACACAGAAGAGUAGUUGCGUUUUCAAAUGUAGAGUUAAGAGUGCGUUGAUUAUUUUGAACCUAAAACGCUCUGUGGGGUCAACCUGAUUAUCUGAAACAAAAAUUUUAAUAGAAUACAGACAUCGAUGUGAGGCGUGAAAUAUAGUGUGUAUAUUAUUUUCAGUUUAAUUGAUAAGGCAUAAGGUGAUACUUGGAUAUGGAGGAGUGCGAUAUUGCACGUAUGUGUUGGGAUUUAAAGGAACUAUUAGAAGAUAUAUGUACAUUUCUUUCUAAUGGAAAUUUGAGAAAGUUGUCACCGAAAGAUCAAAAAUUGGCAGAAUCUUUGAUUAACCGUUCGAAAAAUCAAUUACAGAAAAUUUCCAGGGUACAGCCGCCACCUCAAUCCAAUGAAGAGUAUGUGAUUAUGAACAAACAAGGUAUAGAUAAUGAAAAGGAAUCCGAUGCAGAACCUAGUGACAUUUAUUCUUCGGUGGAUGAUAUCAGUACUAUAAAUCGCUCAGAAUUGGUAUUAGAUGCAAAUAUAUACAAAGAUUUGCCUGCUAAGGAUGCAUGUCCUUCUUUUAAAUCAGGUUGGCUUUCUAUGAAGAAAAAAUUUAUAUUGGGAUUUGAAAAAAUGAAGCGAGUAUAUGGAACUAUACACAACAGCUGGUUAUUGAUAUAUUUCUCUGAAAAAGAUUUAAAACCAACAUAUACAUUUAAUUUAAAGCAUUUCGUAGCUAAAGAAUCAAAUGGAGAGAAGAAUAAUUUCAUGCUUUUAAGUACAAAACCAAAUGACAAUAAAGUGUAUCAUUUCAUGGCUCUUACCCAUAAAGAUAAGUUACAAUGGAUGACAAAAAUCAAUUUAUGUCAAGAUAUGGAAAAAAUUAUGGAGAAUUCUAAUAUAAACUAUCAAGGGAAAUACCCAAAUACAGCUGAAAAUAACUAUAGUGAUAAUGAUUCUGAUGGGAUAUAUGAGAUACUGACAACGACGCACAAACAUCCAGUCAGUCGAGUUGUGAGUGGCACAAAUGAAAUAUUACAUACAUUUCCAAAAUUAAGUAAAUCGCGUCUCAGACCAUCACCAAUCAAUGUCAAAGAUCCUGUGGCGGUUCCACCUCCUUUAGUAAAAUCAAGAUCAGAAACUACAAAUUCUUCAGAAUCGAUGGUUUCAUACCAAGAAAUAUUUACAGUGCCUCUUAGCAUCAAAUCCAACAAUAAUUCUACUAAAAGCUUGGAAGAUUCAUUUUCGGACAACAGUGGGGAUGAAGUGUACGAAACAUUUGUCUGUGCUAAACAAUCUACAAAUAGUUCUAGAAGAAAUUCUUUAGAGGAUCAGAAAAUCCCAAAAGUUCUUAGGAAACCGAAAUGAAAUCUCUCCACAACGAUUUAGUUAAUAUUAAAUGAAAGUCAAUUAUCUUCAUAUUAUGCACAACAUUUUUAUAAAUAGUAGUCAAUAAAUUCAAUAGAUUUUGCAGAUUUUU